UGUGACUAUUAGGUUAAGCUUGCAUUACUACCGAGUAUUUUGCCGGUGUCAGUUGUUUUACAGUUUUAUCUUACAAAAUAUUAAAAAUACUGUAAAAUAUAACACCUUAAAUAAUCUAGGUAGUAAAAAUUACAAGAAAGAAAACAAAACUCAUUCUAGUUAUGGGUCUCUUAACGGCGACUCUUGGAAUUCUAUUCCUGGUGUCAACUGUCUGGUCAGCAGAUGAACCCAAAGGACCCAAAGUUACCCACAAGGUAAAAUUUGACAUGAGCAUUGGUGGUGACCCGAUAGGAACUAUUGUAAUUGGUUUGUUUGGAAAAACAGUUCCUAAGACUGUAGAGAAUUUCUACCAACUUGCCCAAAAGCCUGAGGGUCAAGGUUACAAAGGUAGCAAAUUCCACAGGGUCAUUGAUAAUUUCAUGAUUCAAGGUGGUGACUUCACCAAGGGAGAUGGAACUGGAGGCAUGAGCAUUUAUGGAGAGAGGUUUGAGGAUGAAAACUUCAAGCUCCGUCACUAUGGUGCUGGAUGGUUGUCAAUGGCCAAUGCUGGUAAGGACACCAAUGGCUCUCAGUUCUUCAUCACCACCACCAAAACUCCCUGGUUAGAUGGCAGACAUGUUGUCUUUGGAAAAAUUCUUGAAGGAAUGGAUGUGGUGCGUAAGAUAGAAAAGACGGUAACUGGAGCAAAUGACCGGCCAGUUAAGGAUGUCGUAAUAACAAACUCAUCAGCGGAAGUUGUAUCAGAACCUUUUGCUGUGUCAAAAGAAAGUGCUCAAUGAAAAUAAUUUUAUUUUAAUUAAAAAAAAAAGUAAUAGAACUUGUCAACAUUAAUAUCCAGUGCAUUUAACUGUAACAUGUAAUUUUAUUUUUAUAUACGUACAUACAUGUGCAUUAAAUAUAUAUGUCAAAUGAUCAUGAGUCAACCGAUUUCUGUUAAAAUAAAACUGUUAAAUAAAUACUCUAGCAGGAUAUGAAUAUUGUAUAAGUAACCAGUAAUAAUACUAAAGGUGAUAAUAAAUAACAUUAUAUUUA